AUGGCAUCAAAAGGUCAUGGUAAUGGACAGCAUAAGAAAGGUAAGAAAGGAACCGAUAACCUUCCCGCAGGUCAAUAUAUACCACCACCACCACCUGUUACCACAACUCUUCAACCAGCUACUACAAAUAUUCUUCCUCCAACAAGAGCAAAUAUUUCACUACCAAAUGCUUUUUUCAUGCCCCCACCACCCUACCAGUUCUAUCUCUCUUCUCCCCACAAUAGUUUGCAUAGUAGCUCUUCAUCCGUACCUUCAACAUCAUCCACACCUAGCCUUUCUGGAUUGAGAAUUGUAGGAUCUAGCAUAUCAACAUCUCUAUUCAUUGAUAGUGCUACAUCUUCUGAUACUACAGCAGCUUCUUCCCAGAUUUUAAAAUUUAAAUAG